GCUUGAUCUCGAUUGCGCCGCCCGCCCGCAUCUGCAACGUCUUCACGAAGCCAUGAGCACCGCCAGCGAGCCCAGACAGCUAUCUGUCUCCAAGUGCUAUGGAGGCAGCCUCUACAAAUUCGCCCACCAGUCGACCAGUCUCGGCUGCGAGAUGAAGUUCUCGGCCUUUGUUCCGGCGGGGCAAGCCGCUGCAUAUCCAGCCCUGUUCUUUCUCAGUGGUCUGACCUGCAACGAGGACAACUUUAUCACCAAGGCCGGGGCCAUUAGGAAGGCCAGCGAACUCGGCUUGAUCCUUGUCUGUCCCGACACAAGCCCUCGUGGUCUCAACAUCGAAGGCGAGGAAGACGGCUGGGACUUUGGUACCGGUGCCGGCUUCUAUGUGAACGCAACCGAAGCCAAAUGGAAGAACUACCAAAUGGACAGCUAUGUCAACAGGGAACUAUUUGAGGUUCUGCCUAAAGUCCUCCCCAUCGAUCUUGCUCGAGUGUCGAUAUUUGGACACAGCAUGGGCGGCCAUGGGGCCCUUGUUUCGUUCUUGAGGAACUUGGGCAAAUACCGCUCUGUUUCUGCAUUUUCCCCAAUCUGCAAUCCGGUCGAGUGCCCUUGGGGCGUCAAGGCCUUUACAGGCUAUCUUGGUUCCUCGGUCGAAUCCUGGAAGCAGUACGAUGCCACCGAGCUCGUCAAGACCUACAGAGGCCCCAAGAUUGAAAUUCUCGUGGACCAGGGAUCGGCCGACUCGUUCCUGGACAACCAACUCCGUCCGGAGAGCUUGCUCAAGGCCGCGAGCGAGAACCCGAGUCAUGUCCAGGUCAACUACCGACUACAGCCGGGUUACGAUCAUAGUUAUUGGUUUAUCCAGACCUUUGUCGAUGAUCACCUCGAGUUCCAUGCCAAGGCGCUAUUCGUCAACCAGUGAUGCGCACAGCAUUCCGCCCGUAGCAGAAUGCAUUUGCACAGGAAGGGCAACAAUGGCUUGAUCGAAGCCGCAAAUGCAGAUAUUGCGAAUAAACCGAUUGUCCCGCGUGUUGGAUUGCUGUAGACCGUUGACCCCGGGUGGCGCAGUCACAACGGGUCAUUCGCCAAAGCGCAAACGUUCACAGAGUGAGAAGAUACGAGGGAUCAUUCCUUUUAUAUAGGUUGCGAAUCUCCCCCUUUGACGAUAAUUCAGAUGGUGUGUUAUAGCCCCGU